CGGACGUCUCAAUAUGGCGCCUCUCCGCCCCGAGCACACCUGUCACCGCCGCAGAGGAUGAUUCAGCGGUGUCUCCGCCGUCUCUCCGCCGGCCAGAGGGCUCUGUUUUCGGGCAUGACGCUCCGCGGGACUCCGCUGUCUGUUCCCCGCGGAGGAGGCGCCGCGGCCGGGUCCGUUUCUGCCGAGCAGCGCUGACAGGAGAUCCGCAGAGUAAACGACAGGAAGUGGAGUGAAAUGGACAGAAGCAAAGAUGCGUCCUGUUCCCCGGCGACCGUAAACAACGGCGCCGAGGAUCUCGCCGCCUGUUCUUCGCUCUGCCCCGGGUCAGAUCACGGACCAAUCGGACGCUUCUGCGAGGAUCAGGGGGCGGGGCUUAGCCCGAGAGAAGACGACGAGGACGAGGAGGAGGAGGCACGAACUGACGUGAUUGGUUCAGACGUGGCGGCGCAGCGUUGGUCUGAGGAAGAGGAAGGUGAUGAUGACGCCUUCACGGGCGGCGGCGCUCGCCAUAGGAACACGUUUGCGUGCCGGCGGCGCCGGCAGAGCGCCCCGGGAGACCUACAGCCUGACGAACCAGAACCAGAACCAGAACCAGAACCAGACCCAGAGUCAGAGCUGCAGUCCAGGAGGCCAGACAUCGCCGAAUACUUCAGCUGCAGGAAGCAGCGGUGCGUCAGUCAAAGUGUUCCUGGUUGGAAGCUGUUUGGUAAGGUUCCUCCCAAACAGAGCCCGUCCAAACAGCCUCGCAUCAUCCAGCAGGAGUUCGAGGCGCGUCAGGUGGCGGCCCGCUGCUCUCCUACCCAUAAUGCAGUGGGGCAGCAGAGCCGGAGGAAGGCGGAGCCGCUGUCGACCACGGCGCUGAUUCUGCAGGACCGGCCGCCGGACCUUCCAGCUAAGUCUGCUGAGGAGACUCAGAGACACCGGCAGCAGUACGAGCAGAUGGUGGCCGCCGCCAAGAGGAGAGAGCUCGCGGCGGCCGAGCGGAGGCAGCAGCAGAUGACUCAGCGCUUCAGACAGGAAGUGGAGAUCUCCAACGCCACGCUGGUCUGGAACCAGCACAUCCUGCCGCACUGGGACGCCAUGCGGGACAGUCGGCGAGCGCGGGACCUGUGGUGGGGGGGUUUACCGCCGAGCGUGCGAGGACGAGUCUGGAGCCUCGCCAUCGCCAACGAGCUCAACAUCACCGCAGAGCUGUAUGAGAUCUUCCUCUCCAGAGCCAAGGAGAAGUGGACUAACCUCAGCGACACCGACGCAUGUUUCCCUUCAGAUGGAGCCUCGCUGGCCGACAGUCUGGAGGUCAUCGCUCGGGACAUUUCCGGGGUACUGCCGUCUCUCGGCGUCUUCCAGAAGGGAGGUCCUUACCACGACCUGCUGCAAAGCAUUCUGGGAGCUUACAUCUGCUACAGACCUGAUGUGGGAUAUGUCCAGGGUAUGUCCAGCGUGGCGGCCAUGUUGAUCCUGAACAUGGAUGAAGUCGACGUCUUCAUCAGCUUCUCCAACCUAAUCAACAGACGCUGUCAGUUGGCUUUCUACCGAGGACAACACCAGCUGGUACUCUGCUCUCUCUUACUACUAUCUCAACCUUUCUACAGAGGACAGCACCAGCUGGUACUCUGCUCUCUCUUACUACUAUCUCAACCUUUCUACAGAGGACAGCAUCAGCUGGUACUCUGCUCUCUCUUACUACUGUCUCAACCUUUCUACCGAGGACAACACCAGCUGGUACUCUGCUCUCUCUUACUACUAUCUCAACCUUUCUACAGAGGACAGCACCAGCUGGUACUCUGCUCUCUCUUACUACUGUCUCAACCUUUCUACAGAGGACAGCACCAGCUGGUACUCUGCUCUCUCUUACUACUAUCUCAACCUUUCUACAGAGGACAGCAUCAGCUGGUACUCUGCUCUCUCUUACUACUAUAUCAACCUUUCUACAGAGGACAGCAUCAGCUGGUACUCUGCUCUCUCUUACUACUAUCUCAAUGUUUAUACAGAGGACAGCACCAGCUGGUACUCUGCUCUCUCUUACUACUGUCUCAACCUUUCUACCGAGGACAGCACCAGCUGGUACUCUGCUCUCUCUUACUACUGUCUCAACCUUUCUACCGAGGACAGCACCAGCUGGUACUCUGCUCUCUCUUACUACUGUCUCAACCUUUCUACCGAGGACAGCACCAGCUGGUACUCUGCUCUCUCUUACUACUAUCUCAACCUUUCUACCGAGUACAACACCAGCUGGUACUCUGCUCUCUCUUACUACUAUCUCAACCUUUCUACAGAGGACAGCACCAGCUGGUACUCUGCUCUCUCUUACUACUAUCUCAACCUUUCUACAGAGGACAGCACCAGCUGGUACUCUGCUCUCUCUUACUACUAUCUCAACCUUUCUACCGAGGACAACACCAGCUGGUACUCUGCUCUCUCUUACUACUAUCUCAACCUUUAUACAGAGGACAGCACCAGCUGGUACUCUGCUCUCUCUUACUACUAUCUCAACCUUUCUACAGAGGACAACACCAGCUGGUACUCUGCUCUCUCUUACUACUAUCUCAACCUUUAUACAGAGGACAACACCAGCUGGUACUCUGCUCUCUCUUACUACUAUCUCAACCUUUCUACCGAGGACAACACCAGCUGGUACUCUGCUCUCUCUUACUACUAUCUCAACCUUUCUACAGAGGACAACACCAGCUGGUACUCUGCUCUCUCUUACUACUGUCUCAACCUUUCUACCGAGGACAGCACCAGCUGGUACUCUGCUCUCUCUUACUACUAUAUCAACCUUUCUACAGAGGACAGCACCAGCUGGUACUCUGCUCUCUCUUACUACUGUCUCAACCUUUCUACCGAGGACAACACCAGCUGAUGCUCAGGUAUUUCGGGGCCUUCCAGGUGUUUCUGCAGGAGUCUCUUCCUCGUCUCUUUCUUCAUUUCCAGUCUUCAGGUGUCACUCCGGACCUCUACCUGCUGGACUGGAUCCUGUCCCUCUACCUGAAGCCCCUCCCCCUGGAAGUGGCGUGCAGAGUCUGGGACCUUUUCUUCCGGGAUGGCGAGGAGUUCCUGUUCAGGACGGCUCUGGGGAUCCUGAAGCUGCAUCAGGACGUCCUGCUGCACAUGGACCUCAUCAGCACCGCUCAGUUCCUGUCCCGCCCCCCUGAUGAGGAGCUGCUCUCUGAUAGGCUGUUCUCCUGCAUCUCGGCCACGCCCAUGCUGAGCGGGAACAGGACCUGGAGUCAGGUCUUUUCUUCGUGGAGCGACUCGGAGACGAACAGCUGAUCUGAAGUCAGUUUUAUUUAUUAGUGUGUGGUUGAAGUAGAGCUGGGCGAUAAGGAGAAAAUCAGGUACCCCGAUAUUCUUGACCAAAUACUUCGAUAUUGUGACGAUAUUGUAGGGUUGACAGUUGGUACUUUCACAAAAUACUUUUUGCAAUGAGACUUUAGAUAAAUAAUCUGUGUAUAGAGAUUGUUUUCCAGCGAUAUACUGAAUAUAAAUACUGUGAUGUUAAAACAAAUCUGCAACUGUUCAAAUGAUAUUCACUCAAAAACUGAUUUUGUAAGAAAAUUGAGUUAGUAUGUGCUUGGUUUUAUCAAUUCAGACAACGCUAUUGUAUAUCACGAUGUCUUGAUAUGUGAUUUCAUCGCCAUAUGUUUCCAUUUAAUUAUGGCCCAGCCCUAUGUUGAAGCUUAGUUCGCCUGUUUGUGUGAAAGGAGUCAAACCUCUCUGAACUGUCCCUUUUAUUUAUUAUUUUUGGGGCUUUUCCACCUUUAAUGGACAGGACAAGUGAGAAAGGGGAGAGCGAGAGAGAGGGAGGGAGGGAGGGAGGGGGGGAGACAUGCAGGAAAUCAUCACAGGUUGGAGUCUAACCCUGGACCUCUGCAUCAAGGCAUAGACCUCGUAAUAUAGGCUAUGUGCGGCUGCUCUACCCACUGAGCCAACCCGGCCACCAAACUGUCCCUUUAAGAACCAGAAACAUCUCCCCUUCCUCCCUCCCUCCAUCCCUCCCUUCCUUUCUCCCUCCCUCCU